GGCACAUCGGGUCACCGGGCGGAGCAGCAGGCACCGGGCCCCCGGGCGGAGCAGCAGCAGGCACCGGGCCCCCGGGCGGAGCAGCAGGCACCGGGCCCCCGGGCGGGAGCAGCAGGCACCGGGCCCCCGGGCGGGGCGAGCAGGCACCGGGCCCCCCGGGCGGGGCGACCGGCACCGGGCCCCCAGGCGGGAGCGGCGGGCGCCGGGCCCCCAGGAGGGGCGACAGGCAUCGGGCCCCCAGGAGGGGCAACAGGCAUCGGGCCCCCAGGAGGGGCGACAGGCAUCGGGCCCCCAGGCGGGGCGACCGGCAUCGGGCCCCCAGGCGGGGCGACCGGCAUCGGGCCCCCAGGCGGGGCGACCGGCAUCGGGCCCCCAGGCGGGCGGCGGCAUGCCGGGCCCCCAGGAGGGGCGACAGGCAUCGGGCUCCCAGGCGGAGCGGCGGGCGCC